AUGUCCCAAUCGCAAUCAGCUACACCUCGUCCAUCCGGUUCAGCCUCAGCCUCGGCUUCAGGAUCAGGUAGUCGAAAUAGCACUUCGAUAUCUAUUCCUGCUACCGCAGCUGCAGGUGGUAUAACAGUCACUCAACCUCCCUCGACGGCUAGUGCUAGUUAUUAUAAGAUUGCGAAGGAUAGUUGGAUUACUUUUGGUUGGAACAUGACUAGUUUAUAUGCCACACCCACAUCCCUUACCGUCGUUGCCUCCUGCUCAGCGAACGGGAAUGUCUACCCCGUUGGACCCAACCCCACACCAUCAGGUAAUGCCUCCGCGAACGUCUUUCCAGGAAAUACAACUCAGGUAGUAUGGAAUCCGUACGACUGGGAGCAAAUCCCAGGUCAAGUACCCUUCGCAGAGGCCACGUACGUUUUGAAGAUAUAUGAUGAGAGGGGGGAUGGGUCGGCCGUGAAGGGGGGUUAUCUUAGUCCGUAUGCUGGUACGAACUUCAUGAUGUAUCGACCUGGCGGGUAUACAAGCUUGUCUGACGGCUGGACCUGCUCGACAUGUUCAAGUGCAUUUGAGACUUUCUCUCAACCUGCUCAUUUGGCGAUGUUCACUAGUCUUUUGAUUACUCUCGUGACCGCGUGGGGUAUCUUAAGGAGGUAA